AUGUCGCCUUCCCUGAAAGCUCAGGCGCAAGCGACGGAUGCCACAUGGGAAGCGAUCUUCAACGCUCGCUUGAACGCUGUCAUUGGCGGCUCCUGUGCGACGUUGAACGAAGCGCAGGCACAGACGCUUCAACUCGAGUUCAAUGCGAUACAGAAGUACACUAUUUUGGCAAAGCGGCGUCGCAACGCCUGCAUGGGCGCUUGCGGGCUACCGGUGGAGAUUCUGGCGAACAUCUUCGCAUUCGCGCAGGUGGGCUGGACACCGUCUCUGUCCUCCCGCGCCGACAUGAAGUAUGACUUCGGCUGGAUGAAUGUCACCCAUGUUUGUUAUCUCUGGCGUUCGGCUGCUAUCGGCACCGCUCACUUGUGGCCCGACAUCCGCAUCAUGACGCUUCCCCCCAGAAUGGCAACGGAUAUAUUGCGGCGUUCCCAGCGCUUACCGCUCUCCGUCUACGCCCAUAAUCAGCGACACAAGCACUACAAGGAGAACGGCAGCCAUGCGCUACUCCCCCUCUGGCUAUGCGAGCCCAUUCUCCCCCGCAUUGAGAAGCUCAGCUUCUAUUGUGAGUGGGAGGAGUUUCAGGACUGGCGUUUGGCACUUCGUCGACCCAUGCCCUCCAUUCGGGACCUAUCCAUCGAUGUUUUUGUCGCCGAUUGGCAUGAACUGGAAAUCUCGGACGAUAACUUCCUAGGCGGCGAACCUAUCCCGUCGCUGAAGCGACUCACGCUCGGAAGUAUCGCUCUCCCUGAGACGUCACCCUUGUACUCCAGUAACUUGACUUUCCUCAGUCUCUCUACCGGGCCAAUGAUGGAGGUGGGGAUGAGCUUACCCACGACGGCGACGUUUCGGUCUCAGUUGCUGCUCAUGCCCAAUCUUGAGGAGCUUCGCCUGAGGGAUUAUCUUCCAGAGCCUGAGUCCGAGAUAUCGGUGCCACACUUCCUCUUCCCACCCGCGUUCAAGAAGCUGCACGUCUUCGUCUCCAAGCCGGACAUCAUGUACACUUCCUAUCUCGACUUCUGGAGCCAGUUCCACACUCGAUUCACCACAGCCGUCGUCGCAGUUGUCUCAGUCGAGCUCACUACACGCGGCAUCUUCAUAGCUGCUGCUGCGUUAGCUCACUUUAUCAAAAGCGGACCGCAACCGCAAGAAUUAUGGCUUUCUCAGGCGGCAAUGAUGUCGCGCUACAGUGAGCGACCGCGCGAAGCAUGGGGGACCCGGUGGGACCCCAAUGCUGACUAUCCCGCCGGACAGACAUCGUUGGCGGACUGGGCCAUCGAUGCGCGACAAGGGCGGCGUCUGCACACCGGAAGAGCUCUGGCGAGCGCGUUUCAGAGCCGCAUGGCAUCGGCCUCGUUGAGCGCCAUCAACUUCUCGGGCGGGGCCGUCACGGCCAACAAUGGCGGGGAUGACCCUGCGGGUCUUUGGCUGUCGAGGUUCGGCGGGCAUCGCGCUGUGAAGCGUAUCACGGUGCCAUACGUCCUCUGCGAGAAGUUGUUCAACGCGCUCGGGCAAAAGAGCGACGACGGUGAAGCGUUCAAGCUGUUUCCCGCGCUCGAGACGAUCGUGUUCUUCCACCGGGACGGGCUCUGCGACAAAAAGCUGCGCAUCGGUUUGGACGUGGCGCUCUUCGAUUUGCUCGAUAGGAGGCGUGAGCGCGGGACGCCGCUGCGGGAGCUCUUGGUAGACGGUGCGGUGGCGGAUUGGAGAGUGUGGGAUAAUAUCGGCGAAGGGACUAGUGUCUCGUUUUUCUAG